AACAACCAAGAAGAGAAACAGCUGUUGGUGAGUGAGGGAGUUUUUGAAACGUACUCUCAUUCUCCUUCCUCAGCGCCUUAUCUCCUCUUCCAAUGUCCACCAUAGACGAAACAACAACAGCCCUAAUCUCAUGGCACAAAAUCCCAAACAUAAAAUGCGACGUCGUUUCUCUCAAUUCCCAUUCCCCUCUCCGUCAAAACGCUACUCUCACCUUCGCCACCGCAACCACCUCCGACACGAAAUUCGCCUGUGUUUCUGUUGCAGAAGCCAAAUUUCAUAACCAUUUUGCUCCUACGCCUUCUCAGCUUCUCAAACACCCGCUCGCUGCCUUGGCGUUUGUUCCUAAAGAUGCCGCUCUUUUCUCUGCCGGAGCCUUCGCUGGUGCCGCCGCUAAGACUUUCACUGCGCCGCUCGACCGUAUCAAACUCCUCAUGCAGACUCAUGGUGUGCGGGUCGGGCAAGACAGUGCUAAGAAAGCAAUAGGUUUCGUUGAGGCCAUUGCUGUUAUAGGGAAGAAAGAAGGGAUUAGAGGUUACUGGAAGGGAAACCUCCCGCAGGUGAUUCGGGUUAUACCUUAUAGUGCCGUCCAGCUUUUUGCUUACGAAUUUUAUAAGAAAUUAUUCAAGGGACAGGAUGGUGAACUUUCUGUUGUGGCAAGACUUUCAGCAGGUGCUUUUGCUGGCAUGACAUCCACUUUUAUAACUUACCCAUUAGAUGUUCUGAGAUUACGAUUAGCCGUUGAACCUGGUUGUCGAACCAUGUCAGAGGUUGCCUUGUGCAUGCUAAGGGAGGAAGGAUUUGCAUCUUUCUACAGAGGCCUUGGGCCUUCUCUUAUUGCAAUUGCUCCUUAUAUUGCAGUGAAUUUUUGUGUUUUUGACUUAUUAAAGAAGUCUUUGCCUGAGAAGUAUCAAAAGAGAACUGAAACAACUAUACUCACUGCUGUGCUUUCGGCAUCUCUAGCCACACUUACAUGCUAUCCUCUAGACACUGUCCGGCGACAAAUGCAAUUGAGGGGUACACCUUAUACGACAGUAUUAGAAGCUUUUACAGGUAUUGUGGCACGAGAUGGUGUUGCUGGUUUGUAUCGGGGAUUUGUACCCAAUGCUCUGAAAACCCUACCAAACAGCAGCAUCAAGCUUACCUCAUAUGACAUUGUGAAGCGCAUAAUUGCAGCUAGUGAGAAAGAAUUUCAAACAAUUACAGAGGAAAAUCGCAACAAACAAAACAACAUCAACAAACAAUGAAAGGGAACUCUGAAUUCUUCUUAUUUUACCCUUUUUUGCUCCUGAAUUUUUUUUUGGAAUCAAUACUCUGUGUAGAAGUGUUCAAUUUUUGUGGAAAUUGUGUGUAUAUUUGGAUUCAUGGUGAGCUUGACAGAAUCACAAUGAAUUACCGUGAUUUUACAAAAUCUACACUUUGGAGCUUCUACAAAAUCAUAUUAUCACCGUGAGUUUGUCAAAUUCACCAUGAUUCCAAAUAUUAUCUUCCAGCAGUAAUGACAAUCAUCCAGCUGCCAAUGUUUCUGUAUCAGUUGGCCAAGAAUUUUGUAGAAUAUAUAUUUAUGUUAGGUAGGCAUGAUGUAAUUUUCUUUUGAUGCAUUCGACAUUAUCAUUAGCUGUAAUUUUUCAGACAAGUUGUACUUAACCAUUUAUCUAACAUGGUGAUAUAUUAUGGAAAACUGUAUGCAUUUAAUAAA